AAAAAGACAUAAAAUAUAAUAACAUAUCCAUAUAUAUAACGAACAAAUAUGAGACUCAGGGCAACAGAUUUCACCAUGAGCACUAAAUUACGACUCGUAGUAUCGGCAUGGGCGUGUCUAGUACUCUUUACCGUGCUUGGUGGGCGUACAGACAUGUUGCAACCUACUUCUGUUGCAUAUAGUAACCUGCAACACACGACCCAGACCUCAAGAAUCGUAGAGGUUAAAAACAAGACUAAACGGCUUUUGAAGAACCCUACUGAGUACUUUGAGUCACUUGAACAGCCCAACGGAUAUUGCAGAAAGCUGGUAACUUUUGGCGGAACAUCGUGUAAGCUGUGGAUGGAUGGAGACAAACAGGUGUGUUUAGACGACCACGUGGCGAUGCCGAAGAAGGACUGCCUCGUGUAUUCCUUCGGCGCAGGUGAUGAUAUCAGUUUUGAGGACUCCAUUAUCGAGUUUGCGGAUUGUGAACUUCAUUUGUUCGACCCGAGUAUAAACGCCUCGGAUAUUUUGAAUGAAAGCGGCGAGAAAAUCAAAUUCCACAAACUGGGUCUCGGUGAAAGUGAAAAGGUUUUGGUCCACAAAGGUGUUACCUAUAAAUUCAAUACCUUUGAUAGUAUUCUACGGCAAAAUGGUCACUUGGGACGAACCAUUCACUAUCUUAAGCUAGAUAUAGAAUCUAGUGAAUGGGUGGUACUUCCAUACCUGUUGGAAAAGGGGCUACUUGACAACGUAUGGCAGCUGGCGAUGGAGUUGCACAGCACUUUCUUGAAUAAUUUGCCGUUUGAGAAGUGGAUGGAGCACUUGCAGAGACAACACGACGUGCUCACAAGCCUGGAAACUCUAGGCUUUCGGAAAAUCAGCUACAGGGAGAACCUGAACAUGGUCGGCUUCGUGAAGGUUCCUGGCGAGGAGCACAAGAGGCCGGCGUGCGGGGAAGUGCUGUACGUUCGAGAACCUUCGUCGAUCGGUCGCAGGUCGCUUCUCUGAAAGGGGGAAUCCGGGUGGGGUUUGCGGGGGAAUAAAUUGGUUGGAGGU